AUGGCCAGCAAGUGGGUCAGGCCCGAGGUGUACCCGCUGUUCGCGGCGACGGGCGUGGCCAUCGGCAUCUGCGCCUUUAGCCUCCUUCGCAACAUCACCGGCAACCCAGAAGUCAGGGUCAACAAGAUGGGGAGGGCAGCGGGAGUGCUUGAGAACCAUGAGGAGGGCAGGCGCUACGCCGAGCACGGCCUCAGAGCCUAUGUGCAGGACAAGACCCCCGAGAUCAUGCCAGGAAUCAACAAGUUCUUCACCAGCCCAAAAUGA